UUCAUGACCUUGACUCUGUUUCCUAUCCGACUCUUUUUUGCUGCUUUUAUGAUGUUGCUCGCCUGGCCUUUUGCAUUCAUUGCUUCAAUGGGAUCUGAUGAGCAAGAGCUUGAAAAGCCCCUCUCCUGGUGGCGAAAGAUAGUGGAUAUUUUGCUGAAAGCAAUCAUGAGAAUGAUGUGGCUUGCUGGUGGAUUCCAUUGGAUAAAUGUAAAAGGCAGACAGGCGUUGCCGGCGGAAGCAGCAAUAUUAACUGUGGCUCCCCAUUCUUCCUACUUUGAUGCUAUUCCAGUAACUAUGACCUUCGCCUCCAUUGUGAUGAAAGCUGAAAGCAAAGAUAUUCCUGUUUGGGGAACUCUAAUCAAAUACAUCCGACCAGUAUUUGUAUCUCGAUCAGACCAGGAUUCUCGCAGGAAAACUGUUGAAGAGAUAAAGAGGCGUGCUCAGUCUGACGGUAAAUGGCCACAGAUAAUGAUAUUCCCAGAGGGCACUUGCACAAACCGAUCCUGUCUAAUUACAUUCAAGCCUGGAGCAUUUAUUCCUGGAGUUCCAGUACAGCCAGUGGUUUUACGUUAUCCAAACAAACUGGAUACAAUCACAUGGACAUGGCAAGGGCCAGGAGCGUUAGAAAUUCUGUGGCUUACUUUGUGUCAGUUUCACAAUUCUGUGGAAAUUGAGUUUCUACCCGUGUAUGUUCCUUCAGAAGAAGAAAGAAAAAAUCCAGUGUUAUAUGCCAAUAACGUCAGACGUGUAAUGGCAGAGUAA